GCACGUUUCGACACUAAAAUAGUCAUAGAAACAUAUUUUGCGCAUUCAAGUGUCAAACUCUAAUCCCUUGAAGACUGAGAAACAGCAAGGUGUCACCGAUGUUGAGAGAUCCAUUUUCGGCUCACUCUGUUGAAUCUGGUUAUUUACGCGAUGAUCAAGCCACUAAAUGAAAGCGUAGUGGAUAAAAGUUGCACACACUAAACGUUAACUUCAUCACAAACACAGGGAUCGUCUGCACUGAACACUGAAACCCGGCUUAGCUUUUGGACAUGCACUUUAAAAAUGAUGAUGCAACCGUCAUCCUUCUCGAAUGCCUCAAUCAACACUUCGAUUGUACAACCUGCAGUAGCAAAGGCAACACAUCAAGAUAUCUUGGCUCUUGAGUUUAAAUCCAGACCUCUCUCGUUGAUAGUAUUGGAGUCAUUUGUUCUCCUUUUGAUUGAUUUUGUGGCGUUUUUGGGGAAUUCAAUGGUCUGCCUCGCCUUUUACAGAAAUUCCCGUCUGAGGAUUAUUCCAAAUUACUACAUUAUUUCUCUAGCGCUAACGGAUCUGCUAACUUCCGUGUUCUCUUUGCCGUUUUCGGUCGGAGCGCUGAUUUUAAGCAGGUGGCCUUUCAGUGAAUGGGUUUGUCAACUGCAAGGCUACUGUGUAUUUGCUUUCAGCAUCGCUUCCUUACACACAAUGGCGCUAACGGCUUGCAACAGAUAUAUCCGAGUGGUUCACUCUAAUUUUUAUCCAAGCCUUUACACUUCCAAGCUAACCAAGACUACAGUCUUUCUUGUCUGGGCAUGGGCUCUCACCUGUAGCGCUCUCCCUUUCAUCCUUGGCCUUUCGACGUUUAAAUUUCACCCUGGCACCGUUAUCUGUUACUCCACUCCAUCAUUUACGCCAGCAUUUAUUGCCCUCUUCACCAGCACGCUUAUCAUUAACAUACCUACGCCAAUGGCGGCUGUCAUUAUUCUCUACCAAAAGGUAUUUCGCGCGAUUAGUCGUCAACGUCUCAGGGUGUCAACCGAGGGAGGAUUGAGGACUAGCAGCAGUGUCGAAGACAUAAGAAUUGCCCAGUUGUUGUUCGCAGUAUCCUUGGGGUUUUGUAUUUGCUGGGGACCGGUUAUGGUCGUGGAGUGUAUUCGUUUCAUAGAUAUGUGGCACGUACCGCGCCAAGUGUACCUUGUAAGUACUUACUUCGGAGCAACCAGCAGCGCUAUAAACGUCUUCAUCUAUGGAGUCAUGAACAGAGCCUUUCGUGUAGAGUUUGUCAAGAUUUUGUGUUGUAAAAAGCAACUUUAAGUGAGGUACUGACGAAACCGUAAGGAGUUAAGGAAAACAACGCAGAAGAUAGUACUGUAAUAACGUAACGCGAGUGUAGCGAAACAAAACGAUUUAAUUAAUAGUUAGCAGAAUAAUAUCUCUGCAAAAUAAAUGUGUUGUAAGUCUUUUUUUUUAUUGCUUAACCCUCCUAUGAAAAUAUGAACGGGAAUUUUGGCGGCAUAUUGUUUACGUUUCAUAUCUGAGCUCAAAAGUACAUAACUGCUGAAGGGCAGAUCUGGUGACGUGGAUAGACGGCUAAAUGGUGUGUGGGUGGGUAGUGAGUGGGUGGGCGAGACAGGGAUUCACUAAGAGGCUGAGAGGGUAGGAUGGUCUCCUUUUCAGUAUAAAGUACUAAUUUAAUUGCUCCGGUGAUUAUAGAGAUGCGUGCGCUCUGAUUGGUCGAGGAUUGCGUCAUAUCUUGUAAAUCACCUCGUGCGAGGUGAUUAUAGCAGGGACACUAAAUUUCAAAAUGGCUGCUUCGCGUUUGUUAAUGUUACGCAGGAAGUAGUAAACGUGGUAGAGAAAAGAUACAAUUUUGAAGAGCACAAAAGAUGCUAACAGGUUUGGCGUAACACUUUUCAAAAGAAAGGCAUGAAGAGUUUUCUCGACGGAAUUAAAUGAACCUUUUAAGUUCAAGUGAAAACUUUCUAAUAUCUCGAUGCA